CCUCGACGUAAAUAUCUCCACGACGAACAGACAAUUGCCUCCAACAACUUUUGUACGAGCUCGCUUUUGCAACGGCUGUCACUCACGAUCCAAACACUGAAACACACCUCUGGGCGGCACCACGCCCAGAUCGCGUGCCGCUGCCUACGCUUGUGUACCUCGCGACCAGACGACGACAUGCAACGCAAACGCGAUGCAGUGCACGAAACAAGCAAGAAAAAGGCAGAGAGCGCCAGGAGCGACCUGCCAAAACGGCAAUAAAAAGUUCCGAGCAAGAACGCCAAAGCAAACCUUUCGGCGCAAACGCAAAGAACAGAUCAAUGGAGACCACCUCCAGGAAGCACCUCUGCGAGGUCCACCGCGCGAGCAGCGUCCGCCGCGAGCGCGUCGUGCUCGCGGCCGCCGCCGCCCUCGCGGUGGCCGCGGGCGUCGUCGCGCUCGCGCUCUUCCUAGCCUACCGCCCCACCAAGCCUCAGGCCACGGUGGCGCGCGUCGCCGUGUACCGCCUGGACAGCAACGCCAACUCUUCCCCUUCCUCCUGCGCGGUCUCCGCGAACCUGCAGUUCAUGCUGCUGCUGCGCAACCCGAGCGGCCGCGCCGCGCUGCUCUACGACGGGCUCGUCGCCUACUCGUCGUACCGCGGGGAGCCCGUGACCCUCCCCUCGCGUCUCCCGCCGCUGAUCCAGGAGCACGGCGGUGGCUUGGCCGGGGAAGCGGUCGCGCUGACGCCGCUGCUCGGCAGCGGCCCCAUGCCGAUGCCGGUGACGGCGGACGCGGCGCGCGCUCUGGACGCGGACCGCGCGGCGGGGCGCGUGCCGCUGCGGCUCGUCGUCGCGGGCCGCGUCAGGUACAAGACCGGGCCGUUCGUUACCGGGCGCGACCUGUACGUGAGGUGCGAUGUCGUCGUUGGGCUGACCGCAGGGUUUGCUGUGGGCGGGGGCGGCGGCGGGGAGGUGCCGCUGCUCGAGUACCCCCGGUGUGCUGUGGACGGUUGAGUUGCAUUUCCCCCGGUUGGCGCCAGCUUAGCUUUGAGCCUUUGACCGGUUAUAAGUGGCGAAUAAGAGAAUAAGCAGCUGAGCAAGGCAUGGUUUUACCUUCGGAGCCAACUCUUCAAUCCAUUCUACUUUUGUCCCGUAUAAGAUGCCAAUGUCCCGUUUUAACAUUGCAUAACCAACCAUAGGUGCAUUUGAACUUAACAAUUGGCAUCAGAAAUCUGGAUUUUGCGUAAAUGGUCGCGCUCGUGAUGCCUCAUCGGUGAGCAA